UGAUCAUCAACUGACCAUUCCCCCCGGUGUAGCGAGUCGUAGUCAGAGAAAUUCCUGGAUUGCCUGAUCGAUUGGCUGUUUUACCACCCGUAGCGCCGGGGAAUAUGCAUGCUUGUACAUCCGGUCCUUGAGCUCCACGGAUGCGUUGAGUGUACCCCAUACUUUGAUAUUUUUGACUCUUAUCCUGCUGAAGACCUGAUAUGUAAUGUAUGGAGCCAACCAUCAUUACGUUUUCUCUUUUUUUCUUUUUUAAUUUUCGCAUUUUACCCCACCUCUACCCUCCUUUUGAUUUAUUUAAUUUAUUUAAUUUUUUAUUUUUAUUUUUAUUUUAUUUUUUUUAUUAUGAUGCAGUUGUUUAAGCGAGAAGAUCAGAACACUAUUGGAGAAAUAAGAAAAAUAGUCCGUUGUGUUUCGUUAAUUACAUCAAUACAUACCCAGUUUUUGUCCGCCCAGACGACACCAUCGAUCGAUCCAUUUAGUCGGGGAAUUUGGUGGGUUACUACUAUUAGCAAUCCGUCGACUUGGCCAGACCGCCCCAGUCCAGUCUGCGUCCACCGGAAGGGUGAAAGUGGAUAGCUCACUCUUUCCCCCCCCAACGGUUCCUGCAAACAUUCAGAAGUACAAGUACUGAGCUCUCCUCGACUGCAUUCCUUUCCUUCCUUCCCUCCAGUUCCUGCACAUCUACUCAAUACAUUUGGGUUCCUCCUUUUUCGUUGUCCUUAUUGUGGCGUAU